AAAAAAACCUCUCUUUUAUUCUGCAUCUUAAAAUACAAGAAAAAUGAGAACUGGUGGAACCGUUACUCACACAUCUUUAUCAACAUCAGCAGCGGCAGCACCAAUCCAUUCUCCUUCGCAUUCACCAAUACCAUAUCUAUUUGGAGGAUUAGCAGCGAUGUUAUGUUUAAUAGCCUUGUCUCUGUUAAUCCUUGCUUGUUCUCAUAAGAAAUUAUCUAGCUCCGUAGACAAUGAUCGGGAAAGAUCAAGAGAUGAUGGUGAUGAAAAAUCAACAGAAGAAGAAACCAUUAGAAUACCUGUCGUUUACGAAAACCAAAUUGUUGUGAUUAUGGCUGGUGAUGUUAAGCCUAGUUAUUUGGCUACACCUAUUUAUCUUAAUACUUCUUCUUUUGAACAUUCCAAAAAUGCAGAAAAGGAAGAUGAGAGUAAAUCGUCAGAUGAUAAGCCUAGAGAAGAAGAAGAAGAAGAAGAAGAAGAAGAAGAAGAAGAAGAAGAAGAAGAAGAAGAAGAAGAAGAAGAAGAAAACCCACAUCAUGAUCAAAGCCGGUGAUCUUGUUUUUAGUCCUUUCUUGUGUAUUUUUUUUCUUUUUUCAAUUUUGUUAGUUUGCUUGCGGCAAUGUAUAAAAAUAUCUGAGAGGAAUUGGAAUAUCACAGUUUAUUUUCUUUUUAGUGUUUUUCUGAUUUCAAAUAUCUUUUUUCUUAAUGGACAUUUCAACACAAA